GCAGCGGUCAAUAACCGAAGCAUUUGCUAGUACUCAACUAUAUGAGCGAACUUCAAAAAGAUGGCAAGAAAUCACAAAUGCUAUAGGCUACCACAUAGCAAAAGACAUGGCUCCUAUUGCUACAGUGGAACGCAACGGGUUCAGACACUUCAUGAAAAUAAUUGACAAGAGAUACGAACUCCCAUCACGAAAAUAUUUUUCAAAAACUAUCAUUCCCAGCAUGUACAGCACAGAGAGGGAAAAGGUUGCUGCUGAAUUGAGAUACGUUAAGCACGUUGCAGCCACAUCCGAUCUCUGGUCCAGCCGCACAAUGGAGCCGUAUAUUAGUCUCUCACAGUUCAUUACAUCGACAACAAAUGGGAGCUGCGUACCAGAGUGCUCGAGACGGCCUAUUUUCCAUCUGAUCACACGGGGGAGAUGGUUGGACAGGGGUUGAGAGCGAUGCUGUCUGCAUGGGACAUCAGUGAAGAGGACCUUGUUGCUAUAACAACUGACAACGGCCCAAAUAUUGUGAAAGCUGUCAAGCUCAAUAAAUGGACACGGGUGCAAUGUUUUGGGCACAGGCUGCACCUGGCAAUCGAAAACACCCUGAAAAAUCACCCCCCUGUGGAACGGGCAACGAAGACCUGCAAAAAGAUUGUUAGUACCUUUUCCUACAGCUGGAAAAAGAAGAAGGCAUUACGGAAGGCACAACAAGAGAUGAACCUACCAAUGCACAAGCUCAAAACGGCAUGUCCAACCAGAUGGGGAUCCAUGCAGAUGAUGACAGCACGGAUCCUUGCGCAGAAAAAUGCCAUCACCCGGGUCCUCACUGAUGACAGAGCAUCAAGACAUCUUGUUCCGACGUGGUCAGACCUGGAUGUCUUGGAGGCAGUCAACAAAGCUCUUGCUCCAUUGGUAGAGUUUACGCACGCCCUGUCAGGGGAAGAGUAUGUCACCAUCUCAUCUGUGAAGCCUGUCCUACACAUCCUCCAUUCACGAGUGCUGGCUGAGGAAGACGACGAUGUGACGCUGACCAAAACCAUAAAAUCUGAAAUCCUUGCAUACCUUGACGACAAGUUUUCAGAUCCUCCCACUGUAGAGCUUUUGGACACAGCCAGCUUUGUUGACCCCAGAUUCAAAGCUGCAUAUAUUUCUGCCGACCGUGUUACUACCAUUCAAGAGAAAGUGAAAAUGGAGAUGAAGUCAGCAGCUGCAGUCCACCCAGAAAGUACAGCAGAGAGCACAGAGCCUCAGCCUUCUACAUCAUCCGAAGAAAAAAAGCGAAAGAGAUCACUGGGAAGCUUUUUCAAAGAAAGUGAGACUCUCUCUUCAACUGCACCCACUGUGUCACCUGAGCAAGCAAUAGAAGCUGAGCUGAGCAGCUAUUCAGUGUGUCCUGUCCAGGACAGUGAGGAAAAUCCACUAGAUUGGUGGAGAAAGCAUCAAGUAAACUUUCCCACUCUAAGUAAAGUUGCAAAAAAGUAUCUUUGCAUCCCAGCCACCAGCUCCCCAUCCGAGCGGGUUUUCAGUUCUGGAGGAAACAUUGUGACAUGCCUCAGAUCCUGCCUGAAACCUGAAAUGGUCAAUAUGCUUGUGUUUCUUAGCAAGAACCUGGAGUAA